GUGCUGUACCUGCUGGGCGCCAUGCUGCUCUCCAUGGCCCUGCAGCUGGACCGCCACGGGCUCUGGAACCUCCUCGGGCCCAGCCUCUUCGCCGUGGGGAUCAUGGCCGUCGCCUGGACGGCGCGCAGCAUCCGCCGGCGUCACUGCUACCCGCCCACGUGGCAGCGCUGGGCCUUCUACCUGUGCCCGGGGGCGCUGAUCGCGGCGGGGGCCGUGCUGCUCUACGCCUGCGUGGAGACGGAGGAGAACUACUUCUACAUCCACAGCAUCUGGCACAUGCUGAUCGCGGGCAGCGUGGGCUUCCUGCUGCCGCCGCGCCCCAAGCCCGCCGGGCGCCUGGGCCCCCUGCCCCGCCACAAGGGCUGCGGCUACCAGCUCUGCGUCAACGAGCAGGAGGAGCUGGGGCUGGUGGGCCCCGCCACGGCCUCCAUCAGCAGCGUCUGUGCCAGCUGA